GAUAAGUUGAGUUUGCCUUGUAAAGAGGGGCAUGAGUCACAGUGCUGAACAGUGAGCCGUUUACUUUCACUCCGCUGGGCUCUCUGUUUCUCUCACACACACACAAUCCAGCUGCACAAAUCAACCUUCCUUUUUAUCCUCCCCAUUCCAGCAGCUUUUGGACCAGACCUUUCAGGGAGAAACAGAGAGGAAAAACUUCCAACCAUGAAGGACAAAGUGAAAAAAGGAGGAGGAAAAAAUCAAGUCAAAGCUGAUGUAAUCUCUCCACCCAGCGGAGAUGAUACUGUUGAUAUCAAGCAAGAGGAGAGCACAGCAUUUCCUGUGAAGAUCCAAGGAGCAGGAGUAGAGCCAUUUGAACUGCAGGUUAAUGCGUUCUGGCUCGUUCAAGAUGUGAUGAUGGCCCUGCUUUCGAGGAAUGAGGUGUGUCCACGUUCCAACUUGUCUCUAGCUCUAGCUGGGGCAACUUUGGAUCCCCUUGCUGAACUGCUAGGCAUCAAGGGCCUUAAGUCAGGAGCUCUCAUUCGACUAGUGGAAGAGCCUUAUACCCUCCACUCCGCAAGGGUUCAUUUGGCUCGGGUUGUGGAGCUACUGAGAGCGUCUGGCCCUCAUGAUGCACUAAGAGAAGGGCGAUCACCGAGUGUGCUGGAGACACUCACGCACACACCUGAAUCAAACUUAGCGAAUGGAAAGAGCCUGAAGCGCUCAUUAAGCAACACAAAGGGAGAAUCAGCAAACCAGGAUGGAGCUCCACCUGAUUACCUCUUGCCUGGUUCCUCAGAAAGACCACUUAUGGCUCUGUUACCACACAGCUCUCAAACAGAGGCUCCUAGUUAUUUGAAGGACUUGUCUCUUAGCUGCUGGCACCCCCCUCCAGGACACAGGAAGCUGCAGGGGGACUUCAUGUACAUCACAGUGGCGACAAUAGAGGGUCGACACUGUGAUAUCACAUCCUGUCCAAAAGGCUUCUUCCUGAACAGGUCUACUGAAGAUUUAUUUGAUCCCCGUCCUGCACAAUCUUCUCCUAUCUGUCACUGUCUCACGGACUUGCUGUGCCACCUCAGCCCUACUUUCAAGCAAGCCUUUACUACACUAAAAAACAGACCACAGCAGCUCCCAGUAGAGGCGAUGCCCACUCCUUACCACACGCUGUGCUGGCUUGGGCCUCCUUGCGCCUCUCGUGUUCACAAGAACACCUUCAGUCGAUUGGGAGUGGAUGAACAGGCAGCAGCACAGGCACCAGAUUGGAAUGAGGAGUUACAAGCAGCCAGAGAUCUCCCAGAGGGAAGUCUGGAAGAAAGAAUCCAGAGAGACAAAACUUUGCUACAGAUUAACAGUGCUUUUGUAAGGACUGCUAUGCAGGGAGUUGAGACUGUGGUAGAUGGAUUUGUCGAGCCGGUAAAUGGAAACCCAGAGGACCCAGCUUUCCUCUGGGGAGGUCUGUUCAUGAGUCAGGGGGCCACAAGUCCGGUAUUCGGUGGUGAGCGGGGUCGCAGGGCAGCUCAGAGGUUGGAGCUUAAAGGUGUGCAGGCCUACAGUGACUUAGAUGGGCUCCAGGGCCUGCAUACCAUACCCACAGCUAUCGUGGACUACAGAGGAGUGCGUCUGUCAGCCCAGGGUCUGGCUCCUGGCUUUGAAAGCUCAGAGCAGGACCAGAAAGAUUCUCCUGCCUCUAGAGGUUUGCUUUAUGGAGUGAAUGCAGGACCCCAAGAAUCCCCUCACCGUAGACGGCUGCUAGGCCUGCUGGCUCACGCAGCGAAAAGUCUGUCCAUCCAGCGACAUGUUGUUGUGGCUCCCAAGGGUCACCGUGUACCUCUGUUCACCUCUGCCGAUGCUCAGGGGCUACUGGGAGCUGAUGGGAGGUUCUACAUACUAGAUGUAUUUAGGAGCUUCCCAGCUGAUGCCAACUUCUGUCCAGAGGGGGAAACACAAAAUCAAAUAGCCGAUGAAGAUGAGCAAAGCAGCGAAAAAUGUAAAGAGAAUGAGGAGAACAGCAACAGGAAUGAGAAAGAGGGUUGGCCAGAGAAUUAUCAGGGCACGACUGGGCUCCCUAAAAGUUUUCCUCAUGCUCUCUGUAGACUGAGGCCAGAGCUGGUGCAAGCGUUCAUUCAGCACAAACAUUGUCAGUUUACCCGAAUUGUGAAGAAGAAGAUGGAUGAGAAUGGAGGAUUUGAAGAAUGUGCAACAGCCUGUGACUCUCGAGCGACUGAUGCAGUACGGGCUGCAUGCAGAGACGUGGGCUCAGUUAGUGACAUCAUCUUUGAGAUGCGCUUCAACCCAAACGUUUUCUCUCCGGGAAUCCAGUUUCCUCCUGCUGAGAGUGCAGCAACAAACCUCCAGGAGAAGUUGUUGAGAGAAGCUGCAGCUUUUAUCAUCACACACCAGAUACCAGACUUUCUGCAGUGCUGCCUAGAAAACCAUGAGGCGCCAAUGGAUGGAGCUUCUCUGAAACAGGCGCUGCACCAGAGAGGAAUCAACCUGCGCUACCUGGGGCACGUGGUCAAGGCUAUCAACCAGUCAGAACACAAGGAGCGCCUCCGGCACAUAUUGAGAUCAACUAUUGGUGAAAUUUUCAUCCGCUCAGCAAAAAGAGUCUUCAACCAUUUUCUACAGGGUGUGGAUAUGUCCUGCCUCUCUACAGCAGUCAGUCACUUCCUUGGUUGCCUAUUGGUUCACCAUUUCAUACCCUCUCCUGUCGGGGAAGAGGUGAGGAAAAAGUCAAGGAGACGUGGCCGUGCAGCUGGGGCCUCCGAGAGCAUGCCCUGGAGCAUGCUCACUGGAUCUGAGCUGUGGAAUCUGGUCUGCCAAGACGCUGUUAAAACAUAUGACAUCUCUGACAGUCUUGGCGCUGGUCCGAAUCAUUUGGUGGAGCACUAUGGACUUCAGAAACUCUCCUUGCUGAGAGAAUUCUGUUUAAAAACUGGAGUGCAGUUAAGACUCAGGGACUACAUCCUAGACAGCCAGAAUAAAGCUCCCAUGAGUCCAGACGACAUCCUUAACAUCUUCCCUGUGGUUAAACACAUCAACACACCGGCUGUGGAUGCAUCUAGAGCUUUCCGUGCUGCACAGAAUUACAUUCAAAAGGGCCUGCUAGAUCAGGCCCACGAACAGUUGAAGGAAGCAGCUUAUCUGUACGGCCGGGUGUGUGAUGAUCUGGACCCUGAGGCGUGUUACUGCAACAGCCUUUUGGCCAAAGUGACCUACCUGCGGGGGAAAGCAGCUGAGGCUCGCAGUGUUCAGUUGAAAUCGGUGGUUAUCAGUGAGAGGGUGCUUGGUUUUGACCAUCCAAACACCAUACAGCAAUACGCUCUGCUAGCUGUUUAUGCAUAUGCUGGAGGGGAGACGACCCUGGCUCAGAAAUGUCUUCUCAGAGCCCGGCUCCUAAUGCUGACAGUCCAUGGAGAAGACCAUCCGUACACUGCAACAUUGGAUAGCUGCCUCGGCCUGGUGCUGACAGAAGACCAAACAGGACAGUUUCUGAAAAAUGCCCUGAAACUUAACACUUCCUUUUUCGGCGCCACAAAUAUGCAUACUGCCCUCAGCCACCACCUGUUGGCCCAGUGGAUGUGCAGUAAAGGAGACUACAGAAGUGCCAUGACCCAUGAGAAAGAAGCCCUCUCUGCCUUUACAGCCUUGUUCGGAGAAGAUCACCAACAAACAAGCUGCAGCAAAGAGUUCCUGGGAACCAUAACCAAGCAGGCAGUCAAAGUAGAACGAACUCUCAGACAGGCAGGAAGUGACUCUGCUGAUCAAACUGUGGAGUGUCUGAGCCCAACAUCUGAAACUAUUCUGGAGCAGAUGGUUCUGAUUACAGGGAUCAGGAGGAUCACAAGAAGUGACAGAUUCCAGGAGUAUAAGCAGAAACACCUGGAAAGAAAGGCUGCAGCAGCAAAGGAACUGGGAUUCAAGCUCCCAAUCUGGCCUCUUAACUCGCAUCUUGUUAACAGAGAAGAGAAAAGCUCAGUAAAAGAGAGUGGAGUUGGGAAGGAAUCUGGGGACGAAGGAAACAAAGAAGGGAAGAAAGACUGUGAGGGCCAGCAGCAGCCGCUGGAGGACACGUCUGCUAAGAGCGAUGCAGGCGUCUUAGCUAACGGUCACGUGGUGGAGCCAACUGAUCCACACAAACAGGCCAGGAAAGUUGAUGUAGAUGCUGACAGAGGAGUUACAGAAGCUGUGGUCCAGGCAGUGGAUGAAGGGGAGAUCCAGUCUGCCUCGGGGGUGAAAAAUGGCACAAUCGACAAGGACAUCGACACAGUUCCCAGCCCUUCAGCCCUUAAUAGUAAACUGACCUGGGCAGAUGUUGUUUCAAAAUCCAACAACGGGGCAGGAAGCAAGGCAGUAAAUGGAGUCAACAGUGUCACUGCCAAUGGAGCAGCUGAAGAGUAAAAACACACCAAGCCUGUGGGGGCGAGUUUUCAAAGAGCCUGCUGUAAGAGGAACCCAUCAUUGGAUUUAGAUUGUAACUUGAUCAAAACAAUGGGGAGGUAGUAUUAAGAAAGACGUCGAGUAUUUCUUCAUGUUUGAGAUGUUUCACUGUCGCAGAUGAUCUAAGAAACUUGCAUUUUUUUUGUCUGCAUUCUUUUAGACAAAGUUUUUCAGUCUGCUGUAAUAAACUUUUCUAUUCAUAACAUA